GCUUCAUGUGCCAGUGUUCAACUUUCGGUCUUUCAUUCACCGCAUCGCACCCACUCCACAAUGUCGCUCACCGACAAGAACCUCGAUGGCCAUGUGGCCGAACACAACCAGGCCCAGACCUCAAAGGACGAUACCAAUGCCGCCAUCAGCAAUGAACACAACAUGACGGUUCGCCAGAGCAUCCGCUUCUGGUGGAAGGCUAUUGUCUUCUCCUUCGUCAUCUCGCUUGCUGUCGUUAUGGAAGGUUACGACACGAGUUUGAUGAACAAAUUCUUCGCCUUCGAUCCGUUCAAGAACAGAUUCGGAGACCAGAAAGAUGCCGAUGGCAAUCCGUUGGUGUCCGCAAGGUGGCAAACCAUCAUCCUCAACGGAACCCAGGUUGGAUGCAUUCUCGGUCUCAUCAUCAACGGUUACAUCACCGAGUGGAUCGGUUACAAGAAGACCAUGAUCGUGAGCAUGCUCGCAAUGAUUGGCGCUGUCUUCAUUCCCUUCUUUUCAACCAGCCUCGAAAUGUUCCUCAUCGGUGGCAUCAUUCAAGGCCUGCCUUGGGGCGUUUUCCAAACCCUUGCUAUCUCGUACGCCGCUGAUCUCUGCCCUACCCAUCUCCGUGGUUACAUGACGAGUUGGAUUAACAUGUGUUGGGUCAUUGGAGGUCUUCUCUCCACCGGAAUUCUCACUGGCUUGAUGAAGAACACAACGCAGUGGGGCUAUCGCAUUCCUUUUGCUCUCCAAUGGAUCUGGCCUAUUCCCAUUCUUGUUGCCACUCUGCUUUGUCCAGAAUCCCCGUGGUGGCUUGUUCGCCAGGGACGCGUAGAGGAGGCAAAAGCCGCAAUCGCUUCUCUGACUACCCCCUCUGCUGGCAUUGAGUUUGAUCUCGACUCCCAUAUCGAGAUGAUGGUCGUCACCAAUGCUUUCGAGAAAGAGGUCAGCGCUGGUACAAACUACUGGCAUUUGUUCCGCGGUAGCGAUCUUCACCGCACAGAAAUCAGUGCUAUGGCUUUUGUUACCCAGGCACUAUGCGGUGUUCCCUUCAUGGGAUUCGGUACGCAGUUCAUGCAGGGCACUGGUAUUAGCCAAGACGAUUCUUUCCACCUUACCAUUGGUCAGGACUGCUUGGGCUUGGUUGGCUGCUUCAUCGCAUGGUGGAUCAUGACCCGAUUUGGCCGUCGCUCAAUGUAUCUCAUCGGUCUCUCCGUCAUCUCCUUGAUUCUUCUCAUUGUCGGAUUUAUCGGUCUUGCACCCGAGACCAACAAGAGCGCUAGUAUGGCUGGCGGCAUCCUGAUCAUUCUCAUGAUCUUUAGUUUCCAGCUUUCGAUCGGUCCAAUCUGCUACACCCUCGCUGCCGAAAUCCCCUCCUCUCAACUCCGUGUCAAGACCGUCGCCCUGUCUCGUGCGACCUACAACAGCAUCGUCUUCGUCACCAACACCAUCAUGCCGAAGAUGGUUGGCAAGAAUGAAUGGAACUGGGGUGCUAAGGGCGGUUUCUUCUGGGCUGGCAUUGCUGUGCUCUUCAUCAUCUGGGGUUAUUUCCGCCUACCCGAGUCCCAUGGCUUGACAUACUCUGAGCUUGAUCUGCUGUUCGAACACAAAGUCUCCAGCCGUCAAUUCUCUCGGGAGAAGGCUGAUUUGCUCAAGCCAUCCCUAACGGAAAAGGCGAUGCAGUCGGAGAAGCAGGCUGCUGUUGAAAGGACCGAGUCAACCGCGUGA